AUGUAAUAAAUAAAUGAAGAGAUAGUAGUAAAGAAUGAAUAAUAAGUAGAGGAUAUGAUAAGAAAAAAAGUGAGAAGAUAAAAUGAUAAUCUUGAUGAUUUUAUUCCAUUGAGAUAAAAAGAAUAAGAAAUUGAUAUAGAACCUAUUUAAUCGUUAGGAAAGAGGGUGAUAAAACCAUUAAGAGAAAGAGAAAGAAAGUCAUUACCUAUAUAUAAUGUGAGUCAUAGAAUUCUAGAUGAAAUGUAGAAUAAUUAAGUAAUAGUAAUAACAGGUGGAACAGGAUGUGGUAAAUCAACAUAAGUACCUUAAAUGAUAUUGAGACAUGAUACAAAUACAGAAUUUGAGAUUCCAAGAAAAGUUAAUAUAUUAUGUACUUAACCUAGAAGAUUGGCUGCUAAAUCUUUAGCAAAAAGAGUAGCAUAAGAAUUAGAUUGUUAAUUAGGAACAGUUGUUGGUUAUUAAGUUGGAAUGGAUUCAUAAAUAAGUUCAAGAUAAACUUAAAUAUAAUUUGUAACAACAGGAAUAUUCUUAUAGAAGUUGGUACAUGAUAGAGAAUAAGUUUUAAAAGAUUAUACACAUAUAAUAAUGGAUGAAGUACAUGAAAGAGAUAUUGAUAUUGAUUUUUGUUUAAUCAUAAUCAAGAAUCUUUUAAAACACUUUAAAGAUACUAAAUUAAUAUUAAUGUCUGCAACUAUUUGUAGUGAUAAAUUUGCAAAUUAUUUUUCUAAGAAAUCAAUUAAUUUAGUUGAUGAUUUAAACUACAUAUAGAAAGUUGAUAAGAAAUAUAAACACAUUGAUAUGACAUAAGAAAAUGAUGUAGAAAUAGCAAUUAAAUUUGAAGGUGAAGAAGAUAAUGACAUUGGUAUAGAAUGGGGAUAAGCAUGGAAAGAUAUGGAAAGAUAAGUUAAAUUAACAUAAGAAUAAAGAGAUUUAGAAUAAAAAUAAAAUGAAUUAAGAGAAAUAGGUUAACAUUUUUUAGAUGGUGAAGAUGAUUAAGCUGCACCUAUUAUUAAAGUACCAAUGUCUUAAAAAUAUCCUAUUGAAACAUAUUAUAUAGAAGAAAUUCAUUCAUAUUUUAAUGAAGCUGAUACUGCCAAAAUAGAACCACAUUAAACCUUAAGAUUUUAAACUUCACUAUACUUUUAAGAUUCUCCUAAAAUAUAAUCUGAUAGUGUAUAAGCUAUGUUAUAGAUAUUGGAAUUCUUAGAUUCUAAUUAAAUUAAAGAUACUUAAGGUAUGUAAGGUGCAGGUGCUGUAUUAAUAUUUUUACCUGGAUAUUAAGAAAUCAUGGAUAUUAGAGAAGAAAUCUAUCUUAAAUUUGGAGAAGACAGAUUCAUUCUUAUUAUCUUACAUAGUACUGUUAGUAUUCCAAAAGAUUUUGAUGAUACUCAUAAAAGAAAAAGAAGAUUGAUUUUAAGUACUAAUGUAGCUGAAAGUAGUAUUACUGUUCCUGAUUGUAGAUUUGUUAUCGAUUUUUGUUUGACUAAAGAAAUUAUUUAUAAUCCUAAAAAUCUUACUGAAAAACUUGCUCUAUAAUAUUGCUCUAAAGCAUCUGCUGAUUAAAGAAAAGGUAGAACUGGACGUUUAUUCCCAGGAACUUGUUUUCGUUUAAUUCCAUAAAGAAUUUUUAAAGAAAAAAUGACUUAAUAUUCUGUCUGCGAAAUGUUGAGAUGUCCUUUAGAAAUUAUUAUCUUAAGACUUAAAAAAUUAUAUCAUCUUUCUAUUGAUAAUUAAAAUAAAACAGAAAAAUUAGAAAUUAGUACUCUUGUUGAUUUAAAAUAGAUUUUCAAUGAUCCAAGUCGUACAUUAUAAACUGCUAUUGAUCCACCUAGUACUAAAUAAAUUGAAAAUGCUAUUUCUAAUCUUUAAAUGUUAGGUGCUCUCACUUAUCCUUAAUCACAAGAUUUUAAUAUACAUAUAACAAGAUUGGGAUAAAUGAUGAGUGAUAUGCCUAUUGAUAUAUUCUUAACUAGAUUUAUUAUGUAUUGUAAUAUUAUUGGAUGUGCUUAUGAAGGUGUUACUAUUGCAGCUAUCUUAAGUCAAAGAAAAAAUUACUUUCUUCAUCAUUUUAUGAGAUCAUAAAAAUUAUUUUUCAAUUCCUUAUAUCUCUAUGAUAAAGGAAAUGAAGAUGAUUUACUCAUUUAACUUAGAGUUUAUUAAGAAUGGGAAAUCAAAUUUUUUAAUAUCCUUAAAUCUACCAUUACACAAUAGGAAUUAAAGAGGGAAUUAAAAAGAUUUACUAAUACAAAUAUUACACCUUUAGAAAAAUUAUAUUGUGAAUAAAGAUCUAUUGAUCCUAAAAACAUGAGAGAAAUUUUAAAUGUUAAAUACGAAUUAUUUAUGAGACUAGAUCAAUAAUUUAAAAAUGAACCUCUUGAUUUAAAUAAUACUGAAAAUUAACUUAAAAUUAAAAGUGCUUUCUGUGCUGCUUUUAAAUAAAAUACUUUCAGAUUAUCUAAAGAUGAAAGAUUUGAUAAGAAAAUUAAAUUUCUUAAAGAUUAAGGAUUUGAUUAUACUCGUACAAUUAUGUUAGAAAGUGAUAAUAUUAAAUUUGAUGGAGUAACCAUUUAAAAUAAAGAAAUGAUAAAAGAAAAGAUUGCAAUGAUAAUGGAACAAUUUUGUGAUUUUCAUUAAUUAGAUAGAAGUUAAAAAAGAUCAGAAGAUUAAUUAAGAGAUAUCUUAGCAUAUAGUAAUGAAUAAGCUAAUGGAAGAUAAAUAUUACCAAAAUUCCAUUUUAGAACAGAUUUGUAAUUAUUAACGGAAAUAAAAGCAAAAUCAAAAUUUACUAAAAAUUGGGUUAAAAAUGUAAUUUUAAUGAAUGCUACAAUAAUAAUAGAAUUUAAAGAGAUAGAAUUACAGAAAUUAAAAUAUGUACUAAAAAGACUAAUGCAUGAAUGUGAAUUAAUGAAAAGACAAUCAAGUAGAAAAUAACCAUUAAAAAUACCUUGGGAAACAUUCACUACUAGUAAUUAAGUUGAUAUGAUAAAUUUUAUUGAAACUACAUAAUCUCUAAUAUUUUAUGGAUGUUAUUGUAGAUUGAUUCAUUAAAAUAAAGAAAUCAAUUGUGAUCCUGAUAGUAUAAAUUUUGUAUCAUUGGAUUUAAAUAAAGUAUUAAUAGCUUAUGAAGUUUAAGAGAAAGAUUCAAAUAAACGUAAUUCUACAAGGUAAUUGAUUUCAAUAGAUUAGAAUAAAUAUUUAUUAUGGUCAUAAAUAUUGGCUAUGCUUUUUGGAGUAUAAGUAAAACUCUAUCAUAAUAAUACAAAAACACACUUCAUCAAGGCUAAAGUAGAUGAUAGAGAUUAUUAAUUUGAUUAUUUUAUUACAGAAGACGAUUUAUAAACUAUAAAUUCUAUUAGAUAAUAGAUAAAAUUAUAGAUAUUAGAAUAAAGUUAUACAGAUAGUGGAAUUUGGUAGAAAAUGAGAUAAUUAGAUAAAGUAAGAUAAAAAAUAUUAUAUACAUCUGAUGAAAGAUGGAAAUAAUUAUUUGAUAUUGAAUUGAAAGAUGAAAUACAAUCAUUUCAAGAAUCAAGUGAAAAUAAAUAAAAAAGAAAGAGAAUAUAACAUUUUGAAUAAGAUGAAUAGAAGGCUGAUAAUUUAGAUUAUAUGAAUUCAAUUUAAAUUAUAAGAACAGAUUAUGAUUCAGAUGUACCUAAAUAAUUUGAUAAUGAAGGAAUCAAAAUAUAUGUUCAAGUUCAAUAAUUAUAUUAGACUUGGAAAUAAAAUAUAAUUAAUACAAUAAAGAAAUAAAAUUUCUUUUUAAGAAUGGGUAAUAUAACUUAGAUUUGCUGUUUGGAAUGUAAUGACUAUAUGACAAUAGGUAGAACUAAUGGACUAUCUUAUAUUUCAGAAGAUUCUGACAUUAGAAAACAAUUAGAUGAAGAAUCAUUAAAAUGGGUUAAGUAAAUGGUUAUGAUCUUAGAUGUUAGUUCAUUUGGGGAUUAUUUCAAUAUUUCAAUGAAAGUUGAAUAAAUUUAAGAGUUUCUUUCAGAUUAAAGAAUAUAAAGCAUUUUCGAAAAACUUAAAUUAGCAUUUAAACCUAUCAAUUAUGUAUUUAUAACCUGUAACUCUGGAAAACAUAUUAUUGGUUUCUAUCCUAAAAUUAAAUAAUCUAAGGAAAUAGUGUAGAUAGGAGAUAUUUCUAAAUUUUAUAUUAUUGAUUAAAAAUUAAAAUUAGUAUAUACUAGUAUGGAAGAAGAGAAACUUAUGUUUAGAAAAUUUAACAUUGAUGAAAUUAAAAAGAAAGAGAAUAUGGUAUCAUUAUUCAUAUUAAUAUUAUAGGCUGUUUAACAAAGAAAAUUGUAGAAUUUAAAAUUUACAUGUAAAUGUUGUUAUGUAGAAUAAAGAUAUGAAGAGAAAGGAUAUUUUGAAGGUAAUGAAUAAGCUUACAGUUAACAUAUUAAAUAGGAAAGUCAUAAAAAAGCUUUUGAAGAAAUGUAGUUCACCAUUAUAUGA